GACCCUGUGGAUGAGAUGCAGAAGAUGGCAGAGCUGCUGGGGCUCAGGGAUGAGUGCGGGGAGGGGACUUUGGGGGCUCCUGCCCCGGCUGGCUCCUGCCUUGCUGACAACAGACUGAACCUGGAUGUUUAUCCUGACGGCUGCCGCCGUUUCCUCCAGCUGUUUGAGGAGCAACAGGGAGAGCUGGUCCAGGUUGAGUUCCUCCGGCUCAGCAGCAACGAUUGCCUCCUUGACACUGCCCUGGGCAGCCUUCCUCAUCUGAAGCACCUGAAAUCCCUGGUGCUUAAAGGUGGCCAUGCUAGGGAUGAGUUUGGUUCCUAUCAGCAUGGCUCCCUGACAAGCUUGCCACCAGACUUUGGGAACCUCAGGUGUCUCUCCCACCUGGAUCUCAGCUUCAAUAGACUCUCCACCUUGCCAAGCUGCAUUCUCCACCUCCCCAGCCUCCGUGUGCUCAUGGUCAGCCACAACAGCCUGGUGACACUUCCUGAGGACUUUGGCUCUCUGAGCAAACUGACUUUCUUCUCUGCAAUGAAAAAUCAGCUGAAGGACUUACCUCAGAGCAUUGGAGAGCUGUCAAUGCUGCAGGAUCUGAAUCUCUCAGAAAAUGCUUUGGAAUUGCUCCCUGAAGAAGUUGGGAAUCUGCACAACUGCACAGAGCUGGAUCUCUCUGGGAAUCGCUUAUUGAGCAUCCCAGACUCCCUAGCCAAUUUGAAGUCUCUGCGUCGGCUGCAUCUGCACAGCAAUCUCCUGGUGACAGUCCCUGCCUCUCUUGCCAGCCUGCCCAACUUGUCCAGACUUGAUCUGCAGAACAACUGCCUGCGUGCCAUCCCUGCUGAGAUCCAGGCCUUGCCGUUCGUGCACGUCCGCGGCAAUCCCUUGGGAGAAACGGAACCGUCCCCGCAGGCUGAUACAUCCAGUACCAGAAGGCUAAAAAGACUCUUCCUUGCAUCAGGAGAGGGCAGCUUUACUGUCACCUCUGAAGGCUGCAGAGUGGUCCUGGCCUGUGGCAUCCAUUUCUACUUUCCUCCGGGGGCUGCCUCUGCUCCUCUGCGGAUCCACUUCCGAUCCCUCACGCCAGAUCCGCAGUGGGUGAAGCUGAGACACCACGAUGUCCUGCUGAGUAGAGUCCUGGAGCUGCAGCCUCAUGGCAUCCAAUUCCAGCAGGAGGUGCAGAUCUGGAUGCCAUUUAUCUCACCUCAAACCCCUCACCAGAAUGAGGUGGUGGUUCGGACCUUCAGUGGGCAGAGCUGGAAUGAUCUGAAAACAAGAGUGAAGCGGAAGAGAAAAUCAAAGAAGUGUGUGGCCCACUGUUGUGUCCUUCACUUCUCUUGGUUCCUUGUUGUGUCUCGACUUGUCCAAAAUGAAUGCAAAGUGCCAGCAGAGGGGACAUUGCUCUUUUCCAGUGUGGAUCCAAACAUCAAAGUGGUCUUUCCUCCUGGAGUCACCCAAGAGCCUCGUAGUGUCAAGCUGCAGGUGCUGCCAGUCUCUGCAGAAGAGAUAGAGGAAAUCACAGCCCAUGCAGAGUGCAGAGCCAGUCCCCUGCUCUACCUCUCCCAGGACUCCCCGGCGGAUUUUCUCAAGCCAGUGAGAAUUCAGCUGCCUCUUCCACCCGGGAUCACAGGGCUGAAUUUGGAUCGGUCAAGGCUGCAUAUACUCCACGGUGACCUGGAGGGCCAAACCUGGAAUGACAUCACCAGUGAGGUGGUGCUGGAAUUCACCCAUCUUUAUGCAGUGUUUGAAGUCACUCACUUCUCCUGGUACUGGCUGUGGUACACCACCAAGACCUACAUUGGAGGCAUUGCCAAGAAGGUCUAUGAGCGGCUGCGUCUGUACCAGGUGAACUUCAUUGCGCUGCAGAGGAAGAGGGAUCCUGAGCAAGUCCUGCUGCAGUGUGUCCCAAAGCACAAGGUUGACCCAGUGCUGAAGAAGCUGCAGGACCGCUAUCGAGGACCUGAGCCAUCCGACAUGGUGGAGAUGUUCGAGGGAGAGCAAUUUUUUGCAGCUUUUGAGCGAGGCAUCAGCAUUGAUAUGGAUCGCCCUGACUGUGUGGAUGGACGUCUCUCAUUUAUUUUUUACUCCCACUUGAAGAACAUGAAGGAAAUCUAUGUGACCUCCCCUGUGGACAGAAAAGACCAAGCUGUAAAAGGCCAGGUCUCUUUCUACCGAGGAGCAGUUCCAGACAGCAUCCCUGAAGAUGCCAGCAGGAGGAGAAAAGGUCCAGACUCCCUCUGGCUUGCUACUCUGCCCAUCAAACUACCUCAACUGAAACCCCGGUGGGAUGAGAACCCCAGUCCCCUGUAUGGCUUCUCCUUCCCUCCCUUGAACCUGGGCAAUGCUGAGACUGGCUACCUGACACAGGCAAACCUGCUGAGCAUUGCUCGGCGUGUGGGAGCUGACUGGCAGAGCAUCGGCCUCAACCUGGGCCUGACCUACCAGCAGAUUGAGCGCAUAGGAUACAAUAACAGAGAGGACCUCAAUAAGCAGAUCCUGGACAUGCUUUUCUCGUGGGCUCAGCAGAACUCAGAGGAUCCUGACUGUGUGAGCAAGCUGAUCAGAGCCCUGAAAGAGAGUGGCCGCCAGGACAUCGCUGAUGAGGUGGAAGCCAUCGUUGAGCUGGGGCGGCAGAAAUACAGCGAGUCCAUCCGCCGGCUGGGCCUGGAGCAGGAGAGCAGCACUGAGGACUCUGCAAUAGCUGUGAUUAGCACCUAA